UCUGGAAGGAAAUCUGGGCAGAUCAGCUUUUGCUUUCCAGCUGUUCUGCUCUCCAAAAACACCAGAAACCCAGCACUCUGCAUUCGGUCUGCCUGCUGGACAUCCCAGCUAAGAAGAAGCCAUAGACAGCUACCCCAGCGACCUUGUUCCCAGAGAAGAGGGGACAUCACAGGAGGGUCACUCACUUCAUCACUGGGGAGCAGCACCAUCAACUGUUACCAGCCAUGGGUCAGACCUCCUCUUCUACACCCCCUCAGAAGGAGGAGCCUGAUUUGACCUCCAGCCUUGACACAAAUCUUCAAAAUUUCAAGAUGGAAACCAAGAUCCUGUCUCAGGAAUUAACCACCUUGAUUGGAUCAUACCUAGAGGACGGGAACCUGCGGGGAACAGUUUCUGCCAUCAGAGAUGCUCUGAGUGACAUUGAGAAAGCCCCACUGAACAUCGCAGUGAUGGGGGAGAUUGGGGCUGGAAAAUCCAGUCUCAUCAAUGCUCUACAGGGAGUGGGGCCUGAUGAAGAGGGUGCGGCUGCUUCCACCGGAGUGAUAUGUACCACCACUGAGAGAAAACCAUACCCAUACUCCAAGGUUCCCAGUGUGACACUAUGGGACCUUCCAGGCAUCGGGUCCACUGCCUUCCAACCACAUGAUUAUCUGAAGAAAAUCAAGUUUGAGGAGUAUGACUUCUUCAUUAUUGUCUCUUCUGGACGCUUUAAACACAAUGACGCAGAACUAGCCAAAGCCAUCGUGCAAGUGAAUAGGCAUUUCUAUUUUGUUCGAACCCACACAGACAAUGAUCUAAUGACUCAAAAACAGUUUAGUCCUCAGAGAUUCAAUAGAGAGAACACCUUAAAGCAGAUUCGAAAUUCCAUCUCAAGUAUACUUAAGGAAGUGACCCAACAGGAGUCUCCAGUCUUCUUAGUCUCUAACUUUGAUGUGUCUGAUUUUGACUUCCCAGAGCUGGAGACCACCCUUCUGAGGGAGCUCCCAGCCCACAAACGUCACAUCUUCAUGCUCACUUUGUCAGUUGUUACGCAGUCUUUCAUAGACCAGAAGAGGGACACAUUGAAACAGGAGGUCUGGAAGAAAUCUGUAAUGCCAAGAGCAUGGGUUGCCAUACCAUUUAAGGGCUUGACCAAAAAUGACAUAGAGAAGUUGGAAGAGACUUUGAACCUCUGCAGAUCCUCCUUUGGCCUGGAUGAGGCAUCCCUGGAAAACAUCGCUGAGGAUUCGCACGUGGCCCUGGAUGAACUCAAGGAGAACAUUAAGUCUCCACAUUUGCUCUCAGAAGAGCAGGGUAAAUCCUUAACAGAUAAACUUUUGGAGUACAUUAGCCAUCCUUACUUUUCAAAGACUUUCCACUUGCACAAUUUCUUCAUUGACACCGUGGCAAAUGAUGUUAAAAUUCUCCUUAGCAAAGAAGAGCUUUUCACAGAGAGGCAUCUUCUCCUGGAAACAGCUGCAUGCAAGCCUUCCAGACCCUCUCCUUCAACGGCUCAGCUUUUGGCAUCCAGCUUUGAAAAUUUUUUUAAGAACUUCAAGAAGGAAAGUAAAAUCCUCUCUGAGGAAACCACUGCCUUGAUUGAAUCCCACCUGGAGAAUAAGAACCUCCCGGGAGCGGUUUCUGCAAUCAGCAGUGCUCUGAGAAACAUCAACAGAGCCCCACUGAACAUCGCAGUGACGGGAGAAACAGGGGCAGGCAAAUCCAGCUUUAUCAAUGCCCUGAGGGGAGUGCGGGAUGAAGAAGAAGGCGCAGCUCCCAUUGGGGUGGUAGAGACAACCAUGGAGAGAACUCCAUACCCCCACCCAAAGCUUCCCCAGGUAACAAUAUGGGACCUGCCUGGCAUUGGGUCCACAUCCUUCUCUCCCGAAAACUACCUAGCGGAAAUGAAGUUUGGUGAGUAUGACUUCUUCAUUAUCAUCUCGGCUACACGCUUCAAAGACAUUAAUGCACAUCUGGCCAAAGCCAUCGCCAAGAUGAAUACAAAGUUCUACUUUGUCCGAACCAAGAUAGAUCAAGAUAUAAGUAAUGAACAGAGGAGUAAACCUAAGACUUUCAAUAGGUACCGUGUCAUUAAAAAAAUCCGAGAUGAAUGUUCAAAGCAUCUGCAGAAGACUCUUUCCAGUGAGCCCCCACUCUUCUUGGUUUCUAGCUUUGAUGUGUCCGACUUUGACUUCCCAGAGCUGGAGACCACCCUACUGAGAGAGCUCCCAGCCCACAAGCGCCAUAUCUUCAUGCUAUCCUUGCACAGUGUUACUGAGACUGCCAUUGACCGGAAGAGGGAUUUCCUGAAACAGAAGAUCUGGCUGGAGGCCUUGAAGGCAGGUGCUUGGGCUACCAUUCCAUUUGGGGGCUUGGUCCAGAAGGUAGAGGAGACCUUGGACCUCUACAGGUCUUACUUUGGCCUGGAUGAUGCCUCACUGGAAAAUAUUGCCAAGGAUUUUAAUGUGUCUGUUAAUGAAAUCAAAGCACACCUUAAGUCUUUCCAUUUGCUAACAAGGACCAAUGACAUGUCCUUAGAAGAAAAACUAUGGAAAUACAUUGAAUAUAUUUCCUCUGUUACUGGGGGGCCACUUGCCACAGGCCUUUACUUUAGAAAGACUUUCUAUUUGAAAAAUCUCUUCAUUGAUACCGUGUCAGGUGAUGCCAAGACUCUUCUCAAUAAGGAGUUUUUAUCUGAGAAGCUGACUGACCCCCCAGAAUACUGGGAAGCAGCGAUGGAGCUAUGAAGCACUUACCUUCAGGCUGGCUUUGGCCACUGACUUAUGAGCUACUUUGAAGCAGCAAACAUUUUCUAUGGAAGACCAGAGGAUUCACCUCUUUCAGAGACUGUGGCAGCUGAAGAAGAGUCAUCAACAGUGUAAAAACCCAGUGUAAAAAGCUGUCUCCCACUAAAAUAUCAUGAUGAAAACACACAGGUGUAUACAAGUGACUUGUAAUAUCCUUCUGAAAUUAAACUUGGGUCUUUUGUCUCAUGGA